AAUGGAAAAGUUGACUGUCAUAAACCUGGAAUAUUCCGUAGUUUUGAAUAACAUUAUCUUUAAAACAGAUGGUGAAGAGUUUGACUUCAUAGUGGUGGGCGCGGGAUCGGCAGGGGCCGUAAUAGCCAACAGGCUCUCGGAGAUAAGCGACUGGAAGAUCUUACUCAUCGAAGCUGGCGAUAACCCACCUAUCGACUCAGUGUUUUAUAUAUUCCAGAUUCCUGCCUUGUUUCCUUUUGUGGAUUAUUCAACGGCUGACUGGAACUACUAUAGUGAAAAUGACGGAUACUCUAGUCAAGCUCAUAAGACAAAAACAAUUCAUUUAACCCGAGGAAAAAUGCUCGGAGGAUCUAGUGGCGCGAACUACAUGUACUACGUGCGAGGAAACAAGAACGACUUCGAGAACUGGGUAGACAUGGGAGGCGAUGGAUGGGAUUGGGAUAAUGUCACCUACUACUUCAAAAAGAGCGAAGGUCUUAAAAGCCUGGAGGUUUUGCAAGCUGGGUCAGGUGUCCUCCAUAAUACUGACGGCCCUUUGGGCGUUACGCGACCAGUUUGGAAUAAUGAAACUGAGGAAUAUCUCGAAGCAUUCGGUGACAAACAUAAAAUUCUUAUCGAUUCGAAUGGAUAUGAGCAGCUUGGAUACUCACUUCCUCAGUAUACCAUAGCUGGCCAUAAACGUCAAAGUACUGCAAUAGCUUUUCUAAGGCCAAUCAAAAAUCGAAAGAACCUGUUUGUUCUCAAAAACACAUUAUGUACAAAAGUACUUUUCGAUGAAAAUCAGAAGGCUACUGGAGUAGAGAUUCUGGCAUGUUACAAACUGUCGAAUAAACGAAUAAUCAAUCUGUAUGCUACGAACGAAAUAGUACUUUCAGCCGGAUCAAUCAACACCCCUCAGUUACUAAUGCAGUCAGGUAUUGGACCUCAAGAUCAUUUGACGGAAAAUGGUAUUAAAGUACUGUUAGACUUACCUUUAGUUGGUAAAAACUUACAAGAUCAUCCCACAUUGCUUGUUAUGUUAACAGGCAGAAAAGGCAUCAAGUCAGCACCUCAGAACCUUGAAGUAUUAUCGAAUUUAGACAAAUUUCCUACUCCUAAUAUAAUGGGUAUGAUUGCUCUAUCAGAGAACAGUUCGGUUCCAGAUUAUCAAACUUUGAUUUUCCCGUUUCCAGCCGCUACUGUGCUGUCGACGCUGAUAUGUUCCCACGUAUUUGGACUUGAAGAUCAAAUUUGCACUGCGGUUGCAAAUGCUGGACAAACGCAAGAGACGCUUUAUACGAUACUAACUCUGCUGCAUCCAAAUUCCAGAGGACAUAUUGAGUUGAAGAGUAAUAAUCUCGAAGACAGUCCAAAGAUUUUUCUUAAUUAUUAUUCAAAUGAUACAGAUUUAGAUAUGCAUGCAAGCAGUAUUGAAGAUUAUAUAAGCGUUUUAAAUAACGAUUUUAUGAAAAACAUAAACGCUGAGGUCGUAAAUAUGCAGAUACCUCAAUGUGCUGAUAUAGAAUUCAAUACUCAUGAGUACUGGAGGUGCCAUGUGUUGAAUAUUGCUACAACUCUGUGGCAUCCAGUUGGAACGUAUGCAAUGGGCGUUGAAGGUAAUAGCGUAGUAGAUGCUGAACUAAGAGUGCGAGGUGUUACUGGAUUAAGGAUAGGAGACGCUAGCAUCAUGCCAAGCAUCACCAGUGAUAACACUAAUGCACCUUGUAUUAUGAUUGGAGAGAAACUUGCUGAUAUGAUUAAACGGACUCAUGGUUAUUCAUAA